GAAUCCUGCAAUUUAACCAAUUCAACCUAUCCAUAUAAUCAAGACAAUUGAAUACGUGAGCAUUGAGAAUAUGCCGGACCGUGCCCACACUCCGAAUAGUUUAUACCAGGUGGAGAAUUAUUAUUAUUAUUUUUCUUCUGACGUGUGUCCGAAGAGGAGAAUUCGAUGACAAAAAAAAAAGAAAAGAAAGGACUGAGUCAGGUCGUUGACAGAAAACGGGCAAAGCCAUGCGAGACGAAACUGAAAAUCUUUUCUCUGCAUGUACCUUAUUUGUGCACAGCCACAACUGCGAGUCGGUCUCCCCGAGCCCUACAGAGAACGGAGCAACGGAAGAUGCAGCUGCAGAUCAGGAGCUUCUUUUUCAUUUCUGCAAUGUUUACGUUAUUCGGGGAUUUCCACUCUGUCACAUCAUCAUGGAGCACAACCCCCGUCCUUGCACUUGAUGGUUUCUCCAGUUCGAUUUUGAACCCCACAAGACUCAGUCCCAGAGAGGUUUCUUGACUCAGGGGGAGAACAACAGUGACAAUGAGACAACAGGAUCCCUCCAUCGCAAACAUCGACAUUCGAACCCUCGAUCGGUUUCGGCCCCUUCGUGUCUCAGCUGUCAGAUUCAAAUCUCAUGCACUCCUAAAUUAAUUUGACCAGUCAACU